AUGGAUUCGGCACCCUCAGCGGCUACAGGACCUGACUUUGACGGAGCUCGUGCUUCCUGGGAGCCCAUCACGCAUUCUGACGAGCACGUAAUAACAACGGAGGAGCCAGCCGUCGCCGCACUAUAUCAAGAUUCCGAAAAAACAUACUAUAGUUCCUCGAGAAGAGAUCGGAGGGCAAGAAAAGUGGUGCUGACUGCGGUGUGGCUGAUUCUGGCCCACCUGGUAGGAGUUUCUUUGCUGCUCUCCCACUGUCGAAGUGCCCGACGGAGUAAAGCUGGUGAGAGUUUGUUAGCACGACGCCUUGCAGGUGAAAAUAGGGAGGGCGGGUCUUUUCCGCCGCUCAACCCAUUCUUCGUGGAAGGGGAAUGGACUUUGCUCGACGCUGAGGAGCUUGCUUGGCUCUGUGCUGAACUAGGAGAGCAAUCCUACAUCGGGCCCACCGAAACUGAGGAGGCUGCAGAAUUAUCUUCGUCAGCAGCGAGCAAUUCUGCCGCUGCUGUAUAUACAGCCGCGCAAGGGGACUAUGAAGAGCCGUCCACCAGUUCGUCUGCGCCUCUCCUAGGUGGAGACCCCAUCCAGGAGAGCAGCAGCUAUGUUUCGAGUCGCAAGCGAGCAUAUCCUACUUCCCAGUCUCACGGUGAACAAUCAAGAUCCUCGAAAAUCCGUGUAUAUACGGAUGAAUCUGGAGACUCAGGUCUCUCCGGUGGUGUUUCCGAGAUGGAGCCAGCGGCUGUUCAGCCUCUGGCUGGGCCUUCCUCUGUAUAUCGGUCUCAUGAAAUUUUUGCAGCGGUGUCAAAUUCUGUAAGGCUCCAAGAAAGUGCAACACAUCAGAGCACAGGGCAGCAAGGUAUGCUUCCGGCGAAGCAGGUUGCACCGCCCAACUAUCCAGAUUCCAUUUCUGUUGUGCCUGCACGUUGUACCUUUCCCGUUUCUCAGUCAGAAGGCUCCGCUGACCAUGGCGCGAGCGACCAAGAUCAAUCGCCUGCCACGUUUCAAAGCCCAGCAGCAUCGUUGGGACCUUUGCUCCCCAGUAAUGGAGAGGCCUCGACAUCAGCGAAAACGGAACAGCUUUUAAGCAUGACACCCAAUAAAGACGAUUUCAGGAAGGUGCACCCGUUUGUUCGGCUGCCUGUUUUGGCGCCGGGUGUGAAACCUAGAAAAACUCUUGAUAUAUCAGAUCUCUCUAUGGCCCGGAAUUUACCUAUUGUUACGCACCUCAAGGUUGUUCGGGAUCUCUUUGCGCUCCCUGUUCUCGGCCUUGCAAAUGCAAAUAUGCUUGUUACUGCAGUUGAAGAGUUGGCAAUACGAGCGAUCGCUCUUAUGACGGUCUCAGUUUCGCAAUUAAGGCCGUCUAAUGCCGUGAGAGCCUUGGGACGUCGGUUUCUGGUUUUCAAUGCGUUGCAUUCAGCAAUGAGGGUGUUGGGAAACAACACACAGCUCGAAUAUUUGUGGCGUGAAAUGCUGCGAGUGGUGCCAACAGAAUACAGUCAUGAGGGUCCACGCACAUUCUGUCCCAAGAGUGAAUUUCAGUUUACUUUGGCGAAAGAAUUAAGCAGCGCCAUGGAAUUGUACAAGACGGGCAAGGGACCUACGGAAGAACAAGAGCUAAAGAUCAAGAGAGCGUUAUUUUGCUCGGCCUAUAGUCCCGGGUGCUUCCUUGAAACGCAGUGGGAUCAAUGGAGACUUGACGACGAGGAAUUCCGAGGAAUACCUUAG